CACCGAGAACCUCUCACACGACAUUUGCUAAAUGUUGGUCAACAGCUUGUUGCCGAACUGGCUCUUUACUGAUGCACCUAUUUGCAAUGUACCUCAUUGAGCGGUCAUGGUUGACAUCGAAUUUACAGGCAGUGAUCGCAAAGAUUUUGAUGCAUUGGACCUAUGAUGGCUACAUCCGCUGGCUCAGGGGUAUGUAACUUCGUUCACUCAUUGGAAUCAUCAAUGAUGCGAUUCCCGUCAGGUCUACGAACAGAAUAUCAGCAACGCCGUGAUUUCUUCACCGAUUGUCUCGCAGAGGAAUUCCACUUGCAGGCGGUUCCUGCUAUCGCAGGCGUCUGGCAGGGCUGCAUCGUGUAUCGGGCUUCGAAGAAGUAUGGUGGAUCUUUGGUGACGGUUCGAUUUGCCGUCAUGCUGCGUACCUUUUUCAUAGUCCGCUGUAUCAUAAUCAACGAAAGAGCCCGAAGCAUGCAAGGCCUUGUGAAGCUUACAUGAGCAUGCGUGCUGUGAUUUAGCUUUUACAGCU